GACCAUCUUGCGGAAGAAAACCGGAAGCUGACUAUAUCAGCUCAUUUGAACCAUGCCUGAAUGGAGGUGACCUACACAUUUUUAAAUUGCACGUUUUAUAACUCUUUAUCACAGACCCAAUUCAGCCUAAAUAGUGAAAUAACACAAACACAAAAUGGCAGAGGCUCACCAAGCACGUGUCCAAGCUGUAGUGGAAGAAAUGGUCCAGAGUCUGGAGAGGGACCAUAUUCGCAAAAUGCAAAGUCGUAUGUUCAAGUGCAGCGCGGAGUGUUGUGAUCGCUCUACAGACUCUAUGACCCAGGUACAUCAGUGCAUCGAAAGGUGCCACACUCCACUGGGUCAGGCUCAAGCACUGGUCACCUCUGAGAUGGAGAAAUUUCAGGACCGAUUAUCCAGGUGUACCAUGCACUGCAAUGACAAAGCAAAAGAUCUUUUUGACUCUGGUGCUAAGGAGCCUGCUGUAAGGUCCAUGAUGGAGCGUUGUGUGGGCACCUGUGUCGAUGACCACAUUAACCUCAUUCCCAGCAUGACCCGGAGACUGAAGGAGAAUUUGGACUCUAUUUGUCAAUGAGGAAGGCCAUGGGCUGCCUUGUAGAGAAACUAAAGUGACCGAAGCAUAGUCAACUCAUUGAGUUAGUUGGUAAUAAACAAACUUCUCAUGAGAUAUUUAGGCUGUAGAUAUCAUACUCAAGUGUAGUCUUGUGACAGUUGUCAUAAUCUGUAUAGUGUGAACAGCCUCAGGUAGACUGAAAGCGUACGUAUUUGACUUCUGCGACUGAUUUGUCAGUGCAAUGGCUAGGAAUCAUGACAUGAUUCUUAGCUAGCCCAGAGAGAAAUGUGAUCUCUUAAAUGCACCAUGUUUACCUACCAAAAUUAAAGAUUGAGUAUGUAG